AUGGAUGCUCUAAACGGAACUACGAAGAUUGUCGGAAUGGACACACCUGUGUCUAGAUUCGGCCAAUACUUAACGGGUCCGAGCUUGGCUGGUGGUCUUGCCAUUGCCUUUCUUGUGCCAUUCAUAUACCAGAUUGUCUAUUACAGAUACUUCCAUCCUCUCAAAGAUUUUGAUGGUCCCUUUUGGGGAUCAGUAACCAGACUUUGGCACACAUAUCAGAACAUCAGGGGAAUUGAACUGGAAACUUAUGACCGCCUACUCAAGGAGAAAAAUACAAACAUUCUUCGAAUAUCACCAACCGAACUGUUGAUCCCAUCAGCUCUCUCCCUUCCUCAAAUUUACCAUCGUCAAGCUGUUAAGACAAAAUGGUACGUUACUGGUGCACUUGGUCCAGGAGAAUCGGUCUUCAAUAUGCAACAACAUUCGCACCAUGCUCACUUCCGUCGAUUAAUCGCCGGACCAUACUCGAUGUCUAAGAUGGUCAAGAACGAACCUCUCAUUGACGACAUUAUCAUUGCUUGGAUCAGAAAAUUGAAUGAUAUGUUUGCUCAACAAAACAAAGCUUUUGAUAUGUCGAGAUGGGCAACUUUUGCCGCAUUCGACGUCAUCAGCUUGGUUGGAUUCGGAGAAGCUUUUGGGUUUGUGGAUACUGCUACUGACGUUGAUGAUUUGAUUGAAGAACUCCAUAAAGGAUUCUUUUACUUUGGUAUUGUUGGUAGAAUGUAUCCUUUCGUUGAGUUCAUCAAGAAGACUUGGCUUGGACGAUUCCUUGUCUCCAGUGAAAAGGAUAAGGGAGGAAUGGGAUUCUUAAUCAGAUGGACGAACAGAAUCAUGAAAGCUAGACAACAGGAACUUGCUGAGGGAGGAAAAGAUAAAGGCCGAGUUGACUUGCUACAAUCAUUCUAUGAGGCUCGCGAUGCCCAAGGUCAGCCACUCACCGAAGAUCACAUCCGAGCCGAAUGUAUGUUGUUAUUCACAGCCGGUGCCGAUACUACCGGAACAACCAUGGGAGCGAUGAUGGCCUACCUUCUUUCCAAUCCUACAGUUUACGCUAAAAUGGUGGCUGAGAUUGACGCCGCUUUCGACAGUGGUGUAUUAUCUACCCCAGUCCCAGCCGCGGCAGAAGUUUCCAAGAACUGUCCAUACUACGUUGCUUGUGUCAAAGAAUCCUUGCGUUUGUGUCCUUCGGCUCCUAACAUCUUCCCUCGUCUUGUCCAAGCUGACCAUGCUCCACUUGUAAUCGAUGGAAAAACCAUUCCAGUUGGAACUGAAGUUACCAGCACUGCUUACAUGGCGAACCGUGAUCCGGUAGUUUAUGGAAAAGAUGCGGAUGAAUUCAGACCAGAAAGAUGGUUGGAAAACAAUGGAGAAGCUGGUAAAGUAUUUGAUAAAUAUCUUGCUACUUUCGGGUAUGGUACUCGAAGUUGUUUGGGUAAGGAUCUUGCAAUGAUUGAAUUAAUGAAGACUCCUUUGAUGUUUUUCCGAGCAUUCAAUCCACGACUGUGCCUCCCAAGCAAAGAAACUCCAUCCCCAAAACGUAUUCUGGUUGGCGCUAUGUUUUAUUGGGAUGAUAUCUGGAUGAAGCUUGAAAAAAGAGAGAUUCCUGGAUUCACUUGGUGAGAUUACUAGAGGGAAGGAAUGGAAUUUGCGACGAACGUACGAGUAAAUAAGUUUUGAUUAUUAGAAGUCAAGCUAAGAUUGAAUUUGCAUAUACGAUUGGAUUUUUCUAGGAUCUUUAUCAGCCCCUUGCAGUCUUAUUAGUCGCAAGGAGAUUUAACUCGAUUAUGUCAAUUCCUGCAUUACGACCUUAUAAAUAGCACGUUAUGUGAACUAGCAUGACAUGAAUACCACCCACACCAAAAUAAAACGUGCCCCUUCACCCAGAACCAAUUCUAACUUCUGUGCCACAAAGUAACCUUAUGUAUGAUUUAUGCAACGGCGAUACCGCAUCAACACUUUAAUGACGUGCCAAGUACAAGAUAUAGUUGAAGGAUUCCAGAACACGGGCAAGCGGCAUAACCUUAUUGAAAAGCUACGAUAAAGAAUGAAUGA